AUGUCUCAUUGUGUCCAUGCAGCUCCUGCAACUACGAGUCAGUCUGAGUCAUCCCCUUUGAUGCUGCCGCAGUCACAGAAAACCGAUAGUGCCAUUGCUCGUGUGUUCAAGAAAGCCACAGAAACCGGUGCAACUACUAGUACUAGGACUCACAAAAGAAAGCUUGAGGACGUCAACAACCAGCAUGAAAACAAGGAGAAUGUACUAGUGUUGCGGCCAUUGCCGAAUCCUGUUCCAGCUGUAAAGUGUACCGACUGGCAAUCUGUCCUUGACAUUGUCAAGUAUGGUGAAGAACAACAAGGCCUGGCUGCUGUGGUGAAGAAGAGGGAAGUUGUAGUAUUGAAGAAAUUUGGAAAGCCAGGGCAUGCUAAGAACUGGGAAGAUUGGGCCAGCUACAUACUAUCAAUUCUGCACCAACUUUGCCCAUGGGUGCUUGCAAAAUUUCAAAUUGAGAAGGAGCAACGAGAACAAGUGAAACAAGAACAGUGCUGCAGCUUGCGGUAUGGUCCAAAUGCGUAUCACUUUGGCAACUUGAAUGCUGCUUGGUGUUCCAUCACAUUCUCAAUUGCCAGGACGGACGACUUCGAAAAGAAGAACUACAUGAUCCAUUCACAGAUGAUGCCAGCUUGGGAACUCCUGACCACCCCAUUAUGUGGACACGCAACACGUUUGAAGACUAUCGAGCCUCCUUCAGCAGAGGUCUCCAAAGCACUACUAUAUCCUCCUGCAACACUUGAAGCCAUGAGCAGACGAAUAUCCUUGCUUUACUAG